GUGGAAGAUGAAGGAAAGUUAAACCCAACCAAAACGAAAACCAAAAGCAAAAACAGAAAAAGGAUCCAAACCAAAAGCGUGAACCCUCUUGUUCCAAUUCCAAACUCACAAAGAUCUUGUUUGUUAGCGCUUUAUGCUUAUAAAACCCAACCUGAAAAACUCAACAUUCCAUUUCUGCCGCCACUGUAAUUCCUCCUCCGUUCGGUCUCUUCUUCCACGUUCCCUCCGAUAACUGCACCUCCUUCCACUUCACCAGCUGGGGUUUUGUUUCUCUCACCUUUUCACUCUAAAACCUUCUUUUUGUUUUUCCUCAGAUCUUCACCUAUCUUAAACCCUGCUAUUUCCGCAGGGUUUUUUCUUCUUUAAACAAGCAUUUUUGUUUCUUACACGGAGUAUAUGUUCCAGUUGAUGAAUUGUGAAGUGUGACUUCAGCAUAUAGUUGUAUGAGCAUACAGCUGGGGAAGUUCGGAUACAAAUGGGGACCGUUGCACGCAGUUCUACUGGUAGAAAACCAAGUGAAAUUAUGAGGCUUAUUGUGACAACUUUUAUCGGAGUAGUUUUUGGCUUCUUUCUAGGAGUGUCAUUUCCCACAUUGUCAUUAACAAAGUUCAAUCUUCCAUCUGGCUUGCUUCCCUCAAUUGAUCUCUCUUACAUUGAAGACAGAUAUUCAGGUCGUCAAACUUGGUCUUUUCUGAGCAAUAAUAAUAAAAGAGCUUCGCCAAAUCACUUAUCAAAUGAUACAUCAAAGAUUUGGGUUCCAUCAAAUCCAAGAGGAGCCGAAAGUUUACCUCCUGGCAUUGUUGAAGCUGAGUCGGACUUUUACUUGCGUAGAUUGUGGGGCAAACCCAGUGAGGAUUUAACGUUCAAGCCAAAGUACCUUGUGACCUUCACUGUUGGCUAUGAUAUGAAAAACAAUAUUGAUGCAGCUGUGAAAAAGUUUUCAGAGAACUUCACCAUUCUUCUAUUUCAUUAUGAUGGCCGAACUAAUGAGUGGGAUGAGUUUGAAUGGUCGAAGAAGGCUAUUCAUGUGAGUACUCGCAAACAGACCAAAUGGUGGUAUGCUAAACGGUUUUUGCAUCCUGACAUCGUGGCUUCAUAUGACUAUAUAUUUAUAUGGGAUGAAGACCUGGGUGUUGAGCAUUUUAAUGCCGAAGAGUACUUAAAACUGGUGAAGAAGCAUGGCCUGGAGAUUUCACAGCCAGGUUUAGAACCUAAUAAAGGGUUAACAUGGCAAAUGACAAAGAGAAGAGGAGAUAAAGAAGUGCACAAAGUGACGGAGGAGAAACCAGGCUGGUGUUCUGACCCUCAUCUACCUCCUUGUGCAGCUUUUGUUGAGAUUAUGGCUCCAGUCUUCUCACGAGAAGCAUGGCGUUGUGUCUGGCACAUGAUUCAGAAUGACUUAGUCCAUGGGUGGGGUCUUGAUUUUGCUGUUAGAAGAUGCGUUCAGCCUGCACAUGAGAAGAUUGGAGUUGUUGAUGCUCAGUGGAUUGUUCACCAAGGUGUUCCCACACUAGGAAAUCAGGGUAAAACAGAAACCGGGAAAGCGCCAUGGCAGGGGGUGAGGGAGAGAUGUAGGAGGGAGUGGACCAUGUUCCAAAGUCGGUUAGCAAAUGCAGAACAUGCGUAUUUCAACUCUGUAACUAUUGUUAUGUCGAAUUCUACUGCUCAUUAGGAGACAAAUAUGGAAGUUUAACUUGUACACAGCUAUCGCCACGAUAUCCGUAGACUCCCACUCCCCUCCUUUUUACUGAGAUUUCUUCUUAUGUAACAUUUACAUGAAAUGAGAGUUCUAGCUAGGAACCAAACUUAAAUCCAAUGUAGAACUUAAGAGAUGAGGGUGAUAAAUUGAGGAAAGUUAAUAUUG